UAUAUAACUAUUCAUAAUAACGUGAUUGAUUGGAAAACAGUGAGGAAUAAACAACAAAAAAAUUCGAAUACCGGGUUGCCUGUGUAGAGUCCAGUUCCCCACGGCUGUCAGUACCGUGUUGUUUUGCAAAUUUCAAUAUGGCGACCAGUAUAGAAAUUAUUUGUCCUUCCAUAGAAAGCCUGACAAGUAUAGAAAAAGACAUCCCGUGUCCUGUCCCUGGUUGUUCAAAAAUCUUAUGCAAUAAGCCUUCUCUUCGUAUGCACGUUAUCAAGACUCAUAAGAUUGCGGAUACAGAUGAAGAAAAUAGGUGUUUCGACAAGAGUUGCCAUCAGAAAACUAAAGCUAUAAAACAUUUCUACUGCCCUGUGGAAGGGUGUUCGAGGGGUCCUGGCAAGAGGAAACCCUUCCCUAGACUGGGGCAGGUUAAGCAGGGUACUGAACAAAGCAUGAACACAUCCAAGAUGCAGAGACAUUACAUGACGAUACAUGCUGACAAGAAGUUCACAUGCACCAAAUGCUCAAGAAGCUUUGGAAUGAAAGAUGCUUGUGAGCGACAUGAGGCAAAGUGUGGGCAGAUCUUUCAUUGUACCUGCACCUGCCCCUUUUCUACAAGGGAGGCGAUGCUCAUGCAUGCGCAGCGCAAUCAACAUGACCUGCCUGAGAAUGACCCCCUGAGAGUCAAGAGGGAAAAUGCAAGAAGAGCUGCUGAGGCUGCAGUCAACAUGCUAAAGACCCACCCAGGGGAAAAACUUAAGAACAAGAAAAGAAAGGCUGGGAACAACACAGAACAGGAUGCGAAUAAGAAAUAUUUUACAAUACUCCCGAAACCAGUUGUGUUGCAUAGCUCUGGUGUUUUAUCACCGGAAUUAUGUACACAGAACACUGUAUUUGUGGAACCUGUUGUUAAGUCUAUUGCCAGAGAUUCACAGACCCAGACUGAUUUCCCAUCUGUGUUCAAAAGAAAACAGAGGAAACCACGAUUAAAAAGCACCUCGAGCCAGACAGACUACCCCAAGGAUUCAAAUUCUUUUGAUAUGCAAACACAAGUCGUGACAAACAUUGCAAACCUUGCUCAAUCAUCGGUUGGAACUCAAGUUAACAACUCAGCUACAUCUAAUGUCUCCACAAUGUUGGACUUUGCUUGUGGAACAGAGCCACAAUUUUUCGAGCUGUGUACAGCAAACUCGCAAGCAUCAAUUGGAACUCAACUAGAUGGUAAUACAUUCAUGACAAGUUCAGAAUUUGAAAAAGCCAUUGCUUCUUUUAACAACAGCUCAUUUCUACUAAGUUCCCAAACUCAAACCCAUCUAAAAAGUGCCGAUCUCCCAGAUACCAACUCAAGGUUCCUAAGCAGUUCACAAACACAAACACAUAUGAUAGAACAGGUUCCUUGUGAAGAUAAUGCUGCUCAAACCUUGAUCUCAGUGCUAGACUUUGAUCCUGGCUAUUCCACAGACUGUGGCACUCAGACGCAAAGAAUAAUUGAUGAGAUCCUAGAACAGACUUCUGAUGUGGAGCUCACAGAAUCACAAACCCAAACAUGGCUAACUGGGUGGUUGACUGAAGGUGCAAACGAUGUCCAGUCCAGUACUAACUAUUCAGAGAGGAAUUCCUUAGAUGACUUCGUUGACAUCCACACUCAGACACCUAUGAUGGAACCUGGAUUUCCUGGCUCCUCCUAUGACGUCAGUUUGUCAAGUGCUGAGACACAAACCCUUCCUGAGCUGUUUGGGGAUCAUCCCUGGGGUGCGCUGUCAAUCAACACCCAAACACAGAUGACGCAGACAGGUUUCUUGGAUGGAAUAGGUGACAGUGGUUUACUCACGGACACCCACACACAGACCCUGUUCAGGGAUAGUGCAGUAUUGCCACUUUGUACUGUGCAAACACAGACAUAAUUGUAACAGGCCGGUGCAGAGUGUGUGUUUGUACCAUUGGUUGCCAAAAAGUGGGAAUUUCUCAUUGAGUGAUUGUCAAAAAAAAAUUGAUGUGGGGAAAUAGACACUGUACUGUGGACUUCUGCUGUUAAACCCUUGGAUGCACAGUGGAUCAGAUUCAGGAAUAUCAGAUUCCAUAUCAACCAAAUACUAUUUUAUUUCAAAACCAAAAAUAAAUAGCUACUGUACACUUCUCUAAACUAAACACAAAAUUACCUUAUGCUUUUGGUCAUAUUAAUUUAAUUAUAAAAAUAUUUAUAUCUUAGCCAAAAUAAUCUCAGAGAACAAGACACAUUGAUCAAUAGCACCAAAUACAGGAAAGAAAAUUCUUCUGUCUACAUUGCAACAUUUAUAUGAUAUUGUGUUAUCCAUCCAAAAUUUCCUAAUAAUUUUGUGUGUGUUCUGUAUGGAUACAAAAAUAUAAUACACAAUAAUUAAUUACAAUUGUAUUUCUCUAUAUUAUAAUUGCUAUUUGCAAGCUAUGCCAAACCAUUUUUUUAAAAAUAUGUUCCAGUGAUGAUACAUCAAUAUCACCUUUAAAGAAGAUUAAAAUAUCAAUGUGCCUUUAGCAAUGCUGAAAUAA